AUGGUGACAGAAAUACUUCGUAAAACUGAGCGACAGCUUUUUUACCUUGUCGGUUUUCUAAAGCACCUCAUUGUCGCGGCCGGCAUACCCCAUAUCAAGGACGACUUGAAUGUCAAGAGGCUCAAUGAGAUCCACCGCUGGCUCAAGCUGGCCGGGCUAUCGAUGCCGCCUCGAUCGCUCAACUACCAGCGGGCUAGGCUCCGGAGCAUUAUCGCCUGUGAACAGACCGACAUGCACCUUGUUUGGGCGCCUGGAUACAUAUUCAUAAAGCCCCUACCCGACUAUCUCCUGGACGCGAAGUUUUGGACAGAUCACCUCACCGGGGACAAAGACCUCUAUGGGCUUUGUAUGGGCUUGUUGUUGUCCUACACGGCCUUGAUUCAGUAUCGGAGCGACUUUGUCAUCGCAAAGAACGAGGGCCUGAUCAAGGACAGCCUAGAGUGGGAGGAUUGGGUCAAGCACUCCGCAGCGGUGUUGGCGCAAACCAACCCCACGGUGAACAAGCGCUACAAGUACGGCGAGCUGAGGAUGUCUCGGCUCAACAAAAUACUUUGGGCGCACUUCCAAUUGAGAGGCUACCGAUUUCCCUACCAAACGUAUGGGGAGAUGUUCAUCUCCAACAUGGUGCCUAUAGCAGGCGCCACCAUCUACGCUCUUGCCUCAGCGGCGCAUCUACAAAACCACCAUCCCUUGAAGGCCCCCACAACUCGCACUGGUGCCAAGGGAAAACAAAAUUCAACAACCACGGAAUACAAUAGAUUCGAGACGGCCGCCAACAUCUCGACAUUCGGGCACUUCACUCCGGCCCCGCCCACCCCCGCGAAAAUGCCCUCCUCCACCCCACCCGCCUCCAUCAUCCCCCUCGCGCCCCUCAAGCCCGACCUCUACGAGCGCGCCUGGUCCUCCACCCCGCACCCGACCCUCCCCUCCUCGCCACGUCCCACGGCCGCUCCGUCACCAUCUUCUCCUCGCCACUCUCACCCCGCACAGCAGCCUCACCAACGGCCACGAGCGCUCUGUCCGCUGCGCCGCCUGGAAGCCCAACCUACCCCCGGCCGCCUCUGCCUCGUCUCCGGCAGCUUCGAUUCUACCGCGGGGCUAUGGAGUCAAGGGCGUCUCCUUUUCCCCUCGGGCACCUUCCUCGCCACCUGCUCGAGGGACAAGUCCGUCUGGAUCUGGGAAGACGUCGGCGCCGAAGAGGACGACGACGAGUGGGAAACGGUCGUCGUCCUCAACGACCACGAGGGCGACGUCAAAGCCGUCGCCUGGUGCCCCGACGUGCCCGGCCGCAACGCGCGGAGGUCCUACUCCUCCGACGUCCUCGCCAGCGCCAGCUACGACGACACCGUGCGCAUAUGGCGCGAGGACGGCGACGGCGAGUGGGUCUGCGUCGCCGUCCUCACCGGCCACGCCGGCACCGUCUGGGGCAUCGCCUGGGAGGGCAGGGAACGACCCGACGGCGCCUUCCCCCGCCUGCUGAGCUGCUCCGCCGACGGCACCGUCAAGGUGUGGAAGCUCAAGGUGGACGCCGACGAAGACGACCAGGGCGGCCCCGCGCCCGUCACCCUCGGCGGCAUUCCCAACACCAUGCGGCGGUCCGCGCGGGAGGACUGGGAGUGCGAGGCUGUGCUCCCCAAGGUCCACACGAGGGACGUGUACUCCGUCGCCUGGAGCCCCAAGACCGGCCUCGUCGCCACGACGGGCAACGACGGCGUCAUUGCCCUCUACCGCGAGGAGGAGGACGGGGAGGAGACGGAGGCGGAAGGGGAGCAGCAGCAGCAGCAACAACAGGCUCCCGAGAGCAGCACGGGCGCUACCGAAUCCGCGUCCGGCCCCGCGGCGUCCAAGAGGUGGAAGCUCAUCGCUACCUAUGAUCAGGGCCACGGCGCCUACGAAAUCAACCACAUCACUUGGUGUCCCAGGUACGAUUCGGGUAGGAAAACCGGCGAGGAGAUGCUCGUCACCACAGGGGACGACGGCCAGGUUCGCACUUGGCGUGUAUCGUUGCCCGAAGCGUAA